UAUUAUGUGAGGAAUUGGCGCGGUACCAUGAAUUAUGAGAUACUUUGUUUUUUUUUUGUUACGUAUUACUUUGAAUUUUUUAUUUUUUUUAUUUUUAUCUGCAAUUCUACUCUAUGAUUAUUGAUGAUGGUGUUACUGAUUUUAAUGAAUGUGAGAGUUUGUAAUUUAAAUACACCGUCACGAGGUUUUCGAGACUACCUAAAUGAAUUCCAAAUUCAAUAUCAAACUUGUCCUUGUCGACAAAUUUUUAAGCCUAUGUUACGACUGUUUUUAUUUGUAAAUUUAAAGAAUCCAAUGGCAUUAAUUUUAUGUUGGGACUACAAAAAAAAAAAAAAAAAAAAUCGGUGUACGGUUAAAUGGUGAUUUGAUGAGUUUUGUUGUUUGCAUGCAGGAGGAGCCCGAGUACGUAAUGGUGUCGAGGAUGGUGAUGAAGAUGGAAAUAUCUUCUUAGCUGAAGAAGUGUUUGAAGAUGGCGAAUGGAUCCAAACUCGAAUCGAGCCAUCAAUGAUUAAACUGGAGUCCAUGCCAGAUGAGGAGCCGAGCGCCGAAGAAAUGAUCCGUGUCAGACAACUCGUGGAUCUCCUGAAUCUUGAAAUGGCAAUGCAGAAUCUUGAUAUGAAGCCCGUGCCAUGUGUCAGCCAAGUCACCAUCAAGAAAACCAAAGAUGUAGGUUUUUUUCGUUCCGUUUUUCACCACAAAUUAAUCCCUCACUCCGUUUGUUCCUUUUUUUUUUUCUAUUCUUCCAACACGGGCAUUUUUUUUUCUUUCUCUCAGACGAAGGUUGUCAUAUCGAAUCCAACUGUUUUCAAGGUCCUGAAUUCAGACACGUACGUUAUCUUAGGGAAUGAUGCACAGACCGGAAAUUUGAGUUCGUUGUUGCAGCAGCCUAUGGUUCGUAAAGCGAGUAAUGAUGUGGCGGAGAGUGAGUCUGAGUCAGAUGAGAGCGGGUCAUCAGAUGAUGACGUGGACGAGAGCGGGUCAUCAGAUGAUGUGGACGAGAGCGGGUCGUCAGAUGACGUGGACGAGAGCGGGUCAGAAGAAGAUGGGGAGAACCUGAGUUGGUACGAGAACCUGAGUUGGUCGGAACAAGAGGAUAUAAAGCUGGUUACGAAUCACACUGGGGUUUCGAAACGUAAAGCUGCUAAAGCUCUCAAGGAAUUCGAUGGAGAUAUUGUCACUGCUAUUAUGGAGCUCAACUCAAAUUAGUUUUUUUUUAACUUCCGAAAAAAGUUUAUAUGUUUUUUU